GUGUGUUAAAUUGGGGGGAGAAAUAGAAAAUCUUCAACAUUUUGUACUGUUAUUGCUUCCUUAUAAAAUUUAUAAUGCUUCUCUUCAGUAUCAACCGCCCAGAAAAAUUGCUCAUGAAAAUUUCAAAAUUCUGACACUUAAGUUCAUAGCAAUGAGAAAAAGAUUGCUUGAAUUGACUCUACACAAAUCAAUUCCUCUUUCAAUAUUUUCUGUAAACCCUAAUUUUCCGUAUUCCUAUACUCAUUUCAAGUGUAUCAGCAGCAGUAAACAUUAUUCCAAUGAUACCCAUGAGGGAUUAGUGGAUCCUGAUGCUUCCCCACCAUUGAGUAAUAGCCAUGAAGUUAAAUUUUCCAGUGAAGAAUUCUCUACCAUACAGGAUUGCUUUCUGGGUUCUUCAGAUUGUUCUUCAUUACAGGAAUUAGAGCAAGGUAAAUUCUCAUCUGAUGCUGUAUUGAUUUCAGGUGCAAUAAAUGAGAGUAAUAAUGUGUUUGAGUUUGAAACCCAGAAAUUUCUUAGGAAAUUUAGGGACAAAUUAAGUGAAUCUUUGAUGAUUAAUGUGUUGAAACUUGUUAAAAACCCUCAGUUGGGUGUUCAAUUUUUCUUAUGGGCUGGUCAGCAAGUUGGGUAUUAUCAUACUACUGGGAUUUAUGAUGCAUUGUUAGAGGUAAUGGGGUGUGAUAGAAAUGAUAAGAUACCAAAGCAUUUUCUUGAAGAAAUUCAAGAUGAUGAUAGGGAGGUCUUGGGUAAGCUGCUUAAUUUUCUUGUUAGGAAGUAUUGCCAUGAUGGGAGGUGGAAUAUGGCCUUAGAGGAGCUUGGGAGGCUGAAAGAUUUUGGUUAUAAACCGUCAAGGGGGACUUAUAAUGCUCUUGUUCAGGUUUUUCUUGAAGCUGGUAGGUUGGAUACUGCACACUUACUACAUGUAGAGAUGUCUAGUGCUUUUUAUAAGAUGGAUAUUUCUACAUUGAACAAUUUUGCACGUGCUCUGUGUAAGGAUGGCAAGUGGAGAGAAGCCCUUGAAUUGGUAGAAAAGGAAGGAUUAGUCCCUGACACUAAACUUUACACAACGAUGAUAUCGGGUUUAUGUGAAGCUUCUCUUUUUGAUGAAGCCAUGGAUGUUUUGGAUAAAAUGAGAUGUAACUCAUCCUUGCCUAAUGUUUUAACAUAUAGGGUUUUGCUUUGUGGGUGUUUGAGGAAAAAACAGCUAGGUAGGUGCAAGAGAGUAUUAAGCAUGAUGAUGGCUGAAGGUUGUUAUCCUAACCGCAGGAUAUUUAAUUCACUUAUUCAUUCAUAUUGCACUUCUAAAGACUAUUCCUAUGCUUAUACAUUACUCAAGAAAAUGGCAGAUUGCGGUUGUCACCCUGGUUAUCUUGUAUAUAACAUAUUCAUUGGAGGAAUUUGUUCUAAGGAGGAGCUUCCGAGCUCAUCUGAGUUAGAAUUGGCUGAGAAAGCUUAUGAUGAAAUGAUUGACUUGGGGUUAAUGUUAAAUAAGGUCAAUGUCACCAGCUUUUCGAGAUGUCUUUGUGAGGCUGGAAAGUUUGACAAAGCAUAUAAUGUUAUCCGAGAAAUGAUGGGUAAAGGUUUUGUGCCUAACUGCAGUACAUAUUCUAAGGUUAUCGAAUUCCUCUGCAAUGGUUCACAGUUGCAAAAGGCUUUUUUGCUGUUUGAUGAAAUGAAGAGAAAUGGCGUUGCUCCAGAUGUGUAUACCUACACUGUCCUGAUAGAUGGGUUUUGUAAAGCUGGUCUAAUUUCUCAAGCACGUAAGUGGUUCAAUGAAAUGGUUUCGAAUGGUUGUUCACCUAAUGUUGUAACUUACACCACAUUAAUUCACGUGUACCUUAAAGUAGGCAGGAUAAGUGAAGCCGAUGAACUUUUUGAAAUGAUGUUGUCAGAUGGAUGCGUGCCAAAUGUAGUGACGUAUUCUGCUAUAAUAGAUGGUUAUUGUAAAUCUGGAAACAUUGACAAAGCCUGCCAAAUUUAUGCUAGGAUGAAAGGAGAGCAACAUUCACCAGACAUAGAUAUGUAUUUUAAGGUAAAUUGUGCUGAGAUGAGUGUGCCAAAUGUGUUCACUUAUGGAGCCUUGGUUGAUGGAUUAUGCAAAGCACACAAGGUUAGAGAAGCUCAUAAUUUACUAGAUGCAAUGUUUGCAGAUAGUUGUGAGCCAAACCACAUCGUCUAUGAUGCUUUGAUUGAUGGAUUUUGCAAGAUGGGGGAGUUAGAUAAAGCACAAGAGGUAUUCAGUAAAAUGUCUAAACGUGGAUAUAGUCCUACUAUAUACACCUAUGCCUCUUUUAUCGACAAGAUGUUCAAAGAUAAAAGACUGGAUCUUGCUUUAAAGGUCUUAUCCAAAAUGAUGGAAGACAAUUGUGCUCCUAACAUUGUAAUAUACACUGAGAUGAUUGAUGGGUUAUGUAAGUCUCAAAAGACAGAUGAGGCUUAUAAGCUUAUGCUGAUGAUGGAGGAAAAGCGUUGCAAUUCCAAUGUCGUAACUUAUACAGCAAUGAUUGAUGGGUUUGGAAAAGCUGGCAAACUUGAAAGAUGCCUCGAAUUGUUCAACUUGAUGCAGGAGAAGGGCUGUGCUCCCAAUUAUGUGACCUAUAGGGUUUUGAUUAAUUAUUGUUGCUCUUAUGGUCUUCUAGAUAAGGCUCACCGCCUUCUGGAAGAGAUGAAACAGACAUAUUGGCCUAUGCAAAUUGCAAGCUAUCGGAAAGUAAUUGAAGGAUUCAGCCAAGAAUUUAUUGUCUCCCUGGACCUUCUGGAUGUCCUAAGUGAUAAAGAAUCUGUACCAAUUGCUCCUGUUUACAAAGUUUUGAUUGACAGCUUUUGCAAGGCAGGAAAACUGGAAAUAGCUGUACAAUUAUGUAAAGAAAUGUCAUCUUUUGCAUCUUCUCAUACGGUGACACAUGUUUAUUUCUCUCUGAUUAGGAGUCUGUGUCUUGCAUCUAAAGUUGAUGAAGGUGUUGAACUGUUUGUUUAUUUGAUAAGGAAUGGUGGGGUUCCAGAAGCAAGUGUAUUCUUUGACCUUAUCAUUGGCCUCGUUAAACUUAAUCGUUGGGAAGAAGCAUUUGAGUUAUCUCAUAGCGCUUGCGAGAUGGGCAUAAAGUGGCUCCCUAAUGGGGAAGUGGCUGAAAGUAAAUAAUUGCAACUUGUAUUUUAUGCCUUGAUGAUACUCAAAUAGAAAAGUCAUCAACAUUGUUACUCUCAGACUUCUGGUCUUACGAGUGUUCGCGGCUAUUUUUAUGGGGUACUGUAUGAUGCAUGCUUUACCACAAUCAAAAUCAACAAUGGCAAAACCCUAAUCUCAACAUAUGGGACAACAACAACAACAUUCCAUUACCCCAAUGUCAUAAAGUGGCUCCACCCGAGCCAGGUUUAGAGGGGAUCGGAUAUACGCAACCUAUGGGGACCUCCAUAGAAAUUGAACUACUAAAAAGUUGAGUCCCAGUUUGCAUCACCUGUUGGGUGACAAAAUAUGCUUAUCAUUGGACGACACAAUACGAUAGUGUCACAGGUCUCAUCAAGUCAAUCAUAUAUGUGGAAGAAGUUGCAGUUUUUUCAGUUGACCAUUAUCCGAAAAUACAUAUAGCAGUGUUGGAAGCAAUAUAAGUAAGGUCCUCCCAUUUCUCCUGUUGCCUUGGGAUACAUGGAGUUAUGAAUUUAGUGAUUCAAUGAUUCAAUCUGACAGUACAAGGCACCUAUAGCCUCUAUAAGGAAUGUCCAUCUACCAUUUGAAGCAAUGAACAUUGACUUAAGCUUGCAGUAAUGGUUGAUGGUUCUAUCGAUAACCCAUAGAACUGUGGUUGGAAAGCACUAUUACAAGUUAUAGUUACAGGUACUGCUCUUUUCCAUUUCACAGUGUUAUCUUUAUCUUCAGUUUCUCCUUUUCCCUCCAUUUGCUACUGCCAAGAUUGUUUUGUGCGGGUUUUGGUUCGAUUUGGAAUGUGGACAGCAAGAUUGAUGGUUGUGAGGAAGAGCAGAACGGGUAAUGGCUUGUGGAUAUGGAGAAGGUUGUGUCAUAUAUGGUAUGAUGCCCGCUGAAAUGAAUUUGAUCGUUCACCUCAUAACUGAUUCUUUUUCCUUUUCCUUGGUUUGAAAUCCCGAGCCUCUUGAAAAACAAAGAAUUUUAUGGGAAAUCACUGCAUAUUCAUUGCUUUUGGCUUCACUGAGCUGCAAAAUAUAUUGACUUAUGCUCCCGUGAUUCACUGCUUAUCGAUCUUCAAUUAUAGGGCCAAUAAAAAACAUUGACGAGUGCAACAUAUAGAACAAUAAUUCCUGCUUGAACUCCCGUUCAUAAAUUUCUCACGUAGAUGCAUCAGAUCAUGAAAGCUUGUCGAUUGCAAAGAUUUACCCUCCCUGGUAAAUGCAUAUAGAUCAUGCUAGUGCAACAUAUGGAUCAUGCUAAGCUUUUCGAUUGCAAAGAUUGAACCACUCUUUAUGAGGAUCCUUGAGCCGAGGGACUCUCUGGCCACAUCCUCCUUUAUAGAUAUGGGUUGUCGCCUUUCCUUCCUCUCUAGACCCUGAUCAUAGUUCUUAUGGGUGGGAUAUACUGGGUACGAUGAUGAUGACCUAUAAAGUCCAUAGAUUGAUUGAUUUAUUCUUUAGUUUUGGUUGGUGUAUGGAAGUUGUCUAAUAAUUAAAGCAUUAUGUUCAUCUACAAGAUGAAGGGAAGCUGGGCAAAGACCUUACUGGCACAGAAAAGCACAUUUAAGAAUCAAAUACAAGAGGCUUCGGAGGAAAAAACAACCAUCUUAUGAUAGAUUUCUUUGAUUAGAGACCAGAAUCCCGAAAUUUGAUCAGUUAAGAAACGCGAGUUUUUGACCUAAUUUUCUCGAUAAAUCUUCAGGUAAUUUAAUAAAUUCCCAAUUUUCAGUGUUUUUUCUUAGUUUCUUUCUCGAAUUCUUAUUGUAUUAGCUUGAAAUACUCUCCAGAACAAAAUUUGAUGAUAUGUGGCAUGUAUACGGUUUAUUUAGUUGAUCCUGUAUUGUUGGGAUUAAAGCUUUGAUACUGUUUUGAUUUCUACACGAGGAAUGUGUAUGAUUUUGGGCCAUUCCUCCCGUUCAUAUUCAAUCUUUUAACAUCUUUGGUUCAGGCUUGGUGAACAACAUUUGAGGGGACGCACUUUAGAAUAUCGAGUAUUAUUUGGUAUUUAGAUCCAAACAAUUAUAAUUGUUAAUAAUAAUGGAAAAUGACCUACUAUUUCUUUUAAUUAAAUACUACUCCCUUCUCGUUUCAUUUCAAACGUUAUAUUUAUUUUUUUCACAUUUGCCAAUGCAC